UACAAGUAUCUUUUAUUAAUUAAACAUGUAUUUGCCACAACAAAGGCCGCAUCAUGACAUUGCCGCUUUAUUCGCAGCUGCCCAGCCCGACUUUCUGCGGGUAAGUGCGCCCAUGGUACGAUACAGUAAGCUAGAGUUUCGAAGAUUGGUGCGGAAGAAUGGAGUACAAUUGGCAUUCACACCUAUGAUGAUCUCCGAAUCGAUUAACAACAGCGAAAAGGCUCGCCAGAAUGAGUUUACCACGGACCCGGACGAUCAGCCACUGAUUGCACAGUUUGCGGCUAAGGAUUCGACAGAGUUUGUCACUUCAGCUCAGCUCAUCUAUCCCUAUGUCGAUGGCAUCGAUUUGAACUGCGGCUGCCCCCAGAGCUGGGCGAUGUCCAAGGGCUAUGGAUGCGGACUGCUGCGUCAGCCGGAAAGGGUGCGAGAGGUGGUUCAACAGGUGCGACGGACCCUGCCCUCGGACUUUAGUGUCUCUGUGAAGAUGCGUCUACUUGCGGGCAGUGAAGCGGAUUCAGUGGAGAGGACCAUCGAUCUGGCCCGCCAACUGGAAUACGCCGGAGUCACUUUCUUAACUCUACACGGUCGGACACCUGCGCAGAAGCAUUCCAAGGACACGCUCAACAUCUCCGCCAUGGAAGAAGUGCGCAAAUCUCUUCAAAUUCCCCUGAUAGUGAACGGAAACGUGGAAUCCUGGUCAGAUGCCUGCGAACUACACGCUCAGACUGGUGCGGCGGGCGUAAUGGCUGCCCGUGGCCUCCUCGCCAAUCCGGCGCUGUUCAACAGCGAUUACCCGACAGCCACUACUACCCCUUUGGCUUGUGUGGAGCAGUGGCUGGACAUUGCCGCUGCUGCCAGGGAUAAUUUGCUCUUCCAGUGCUUUCAUCAUCAUCUGACGUUCAUGUGGAGCAGCGAAAUGAAGCGAUCCCUGAGAGUCCAGUUCAACAGUCUAAGCACAAAAAAACAGGUUGUGGAAUUUCUCGGAGAACACUACAAUGUGCGAAGCAGUGGACCCGCGCCAGAACCGGCCACUUACACAGACUGCACGUAUACGCACUUUACACCACCCAGGCAUGCGAGGCAUAUUGCUGCCGAGGCAGAGGAAUUAGCCUGGAGCUCUAGAAGCGAUGGAAAAUUCUUUACAGAGUUUAAAGCGCAUCAAAUUUCCAAUCCGGCAGGAGUUGACCUGGAGCUAGGUGGUCUUUUUGGUGCAGAGGAAUGAUCAAUCACAAUAUAUUCAUGCAAUUAAAAGCUGGCAAAGCGAAAUCGUUUGUUUUAAAGCU